UUUUGUUAAAAAAUAGCUAAAACAAAAAUGUCUAUUCCCGAGUGGUUAACAAAGAAUUAUAUAGAAGAGGUCCUGAAAGUUUAUCACAAAGACUUGACUUUGAAAAUCGAAAAAUUUAACAUAAAACCGGCAUUUGGUAAAGGUGAAAAUUAUGGUGGAUUUUUGACCAAGGCUCAUGUGGUCUAUAACUUGAAAAAUGGACAAGAACAAAAAGAAAAUCAUUUUAUAUGUAAGACAUCUUAUGAAGAUGAUGCUUUUGCUAAAGAAAAAAUGAAAAGCUAUGAUAUUUUUAAUCGGGAGAUGAUAUUAUACGAAGAAGUUUUGCCCAAAAUGAAUGAUUUACUAAAGGAAAUCGAUGACAUGGAACAACUAUUUCCUACCGUAUUUUAUGUUGAUUACAAAAGACAGGCACUCAUAUUCGAAGAUCUAACAGUGCAGGGUUAUGUUAUGGCUGAUCGCAUACAGAGACUGGAUAUGGAUCAUAUUAAAUUAGUUUUAUGUAAAUUAUCUAAAAUGCAUGCUACUUCGGCAGUUUUUAAUGAACGUGGUAGCGGUUGUUUGGAGAAAUACGAUCGUGGAUUUUUCAACAAAUAUACCGAUACUUAUAAGACAUUUUUCGUCAAUUCAUUUAUGGCUUGUGCCCGCUAUUUGCAACAACUUGAUGAUACAAAUUCCCGUAAAUAUGCUAAAAAAAUAUUUGCUCUAGAGCCUUACUACAUGGAUCUAGGUAAACGUUGUUUUGCCCCAACAGUGGGUGAUGUAAAUGUUUUAGUGCACGGUGAUGUCUGGACUAAUAAUGUCAUGUUUAAGUAUUGUACGAAAACUGGAAAACCAAUAGAUGUUUUAAUUAUUGAUUUUCAAUAUUCAUUUUGGGGUUCUCCCACUUUGGAUUUACAUUAUUUCUUUAAUACUUCUAUAAAAGAACCAUUAAGACUUCAUCAUCAAGAUGAAUUAUUUCAAAUGUAUCAUCAGCAUUUUACUGAUACUUUGAAAAAGUUAAAGUAUAAAUCAAAUCCCAUACCCAGUUUGAAAAAGUUCAGAAUACAAGCAGAACAAAAGAAAUUUUUUGCUAUGCACUCUUCCGUUGUUAUACAACCGGUUAUGUUGAAUCAAGAUUCUACAGAUGCCGAUUAUAAUGCUUUAAUGGGUGAAGAUGAUCGCGCUAUGAGUUUUAAGAGACGCUUAUAUAAUAAUCCCAUAAUCCAGGAGAACUUGAAAAAUCUUUUACCCAUGUUCGACAGAAGGGGUCUGUUGGAAGUGAAUCAGUAAAUUUAAAGAUUAGAUAAAGAAUUUCUCUUAGUUGCAGAUCAAAUAAAUCAAAUCAUCAUCAAAUAUUUUGAAAUACAUUAUACAAAUUUUGAAGAAAUACAAAAUUGAGUGAGUAGCGGAUUUGAUGAUGAUCUAA